UCAACUGUUACAUUUUGUUUACAGGAGAAGACGAACGCCGUGAAAGCGUUGGCUCGCGAACAGUGCGAGGCAGCGGUACAGUUGCAACGACAGCAGCAGCUACAGCAACACCAGAGCCAGCAGCAGCAACAGCAACAUCAACUUCGCGGUCCGUUGGCCAUCCACCACGCCGGGUGUCCGACGAAAAUCGGUCCUGUGACGAGCCAACCGAACGCCAGUAGCCACGCGACGCACGCUCGCGGUCCGCAGUACCAGCAUUAUCACCAUCAUCAUCACCAUCGGCACGUGUCGAUGUCACCACCUCCUUUGUUACUCUCGUCGCCGGCGCCGAUCGCGGCGACGCACAAUCAUCUGAAUGUCAGCGGGCAUAGGAAUGUGGUAACACCGCCGGACACGCCAGCGGACAGGUCGCCGCCGAGUCCUGGAAAUAAACUGAACAGAUCGCAGCAUUUGCCCCGAGAGGCGACGGGCAGUGUUAGCCCUGGACUACCGGCGGCCACUCUCGAUCUGAGCAGCGCGGCGACCACAAACAGUCCCCACGAACUCUCCACGUUGGUUUAGUGGUGUUUUAGAGGCUUGGUUUUUUCAUCAGUUCGCAGAUACACAAUUUUAUUUAUUAGUAGACUGCGGAUUUUUUGCAUUUAUGGAUAAUGUGUAAUAUCAAAAUCUGCAAGGUAUUAAAAUGCGUGAAUGAUGCAAGAAUUGAAUUCAUAUAAAUGUUUGGUUUGCAUACGAAUUCUCAGUCUAUUUUUUUUAUAAGCUUAAAUGAUGUUGAAUCAACAUAUUCAACUAUUUCAUAUCAAUGAUUGAUAGACUUGAUGCGUUUACGUAUUGCCGGUGAUAAAAUAAUUAAAGAUAAACAAAAUAUUUAAAGGGGGAUCGAUAGUAGUAAAAGACCUAAAAACGGCUGAUUAAAAUAUUUUAUGCAUCCACUGCCAACUAUGGAAUAACUUUUUUUAAAUUGGUCGAUCUAGUUUGAGUUAAUGGAUAAUACUUCGUUGUAAAAAUUCAAUCAACAUGAUCUCGAAUGAGCUUAAUACAUUAUUUACCGUGGAAAAGUAAAAAAUCGAAACAAAUGUUCUAAGAAAAGUUGAAGUUGCUCGUUGACGUAUGUUGAUUAACAAAUUAAUUCUAACGACUGAGCGAUCGAAAAAAUGUUGAAUAUACUGUCGAGAAAGGAAUGACUAUUUUCUAUCCGCGUGUAUCUUGCCAUUAUCAUACUAUUAACUAUUACAUACAGUUAGUAUUAUUCGAUUACGUUAUAAUUGAUACCGAUAUCCUUGCCUUAUUAUUAUCGUCAUUAUUGUUAAUGUUACGAAACCUCUAGUCCUAGAUUACUUUCGUCUUUGCGAAAGAAUAAGGUUCUUAGACUUUUGCAUAACCGCGUGCGCAUUCACAAAGUUUGAAGUUCAGAAACCAGAAAUCUCUCCAUUAUACAUAUAACAAAUAAGUCUUUCACAAACCUCUGUUAAUUUUGUUAGAAAUUAUGAUAAACUUUGUAUAGUACUUUGAUCAAAUCGCAUUUAGCAUAUAAAUAAGAAUUAAUAAACGUUUGUUAUUUAA